GUUGUAGGAGAAUUUUUUCAGGCUCAUGUAAAUUUUUGGAAAUUAAAAUCACCCCUACCACACCAGAACUGUCAACAAUCGCACGUAAAGUGUCCGCUGCCAAUGCCAACAGAUGCUGUAGCUGUGCGCCAACCACGUCAUGGAAAGUGAGAAGAUAUUGAUGGCUGCAGGAGUUACGGUUGCGGCUGUAGUUGGUGCCUUUGUAUUUUGGGGUCCUUCGGGAUCACGUUUGCGUCAGAGGCGUGGCCAAAUCGCUGGACUUCAUAACUUUGGACAGACCUGCUUCCUCAACACGUUGCUGCAGGCGCUGGCCGCCUGUCCGCAGUUCAUUGCCUGGCUACAAUUGUACAAUGGCGCCUCACCCGAUCGCAAGAGUCUCAUUAGCUCUAUGCUAAACACGCUUGAGGUGGUGAAUGGCACACAUGCGACACUGCGUGGCGAUCCACACUCACCUGGUGCUGUGCUGCGUGCACUUAACUCUCUGGGCUGGGUCAUACCUCAAGAGGAGCAUGAUGCCCACGAGCUAUUUCAUGUGCUGCUUUCGUCGCUGGAGGAGGAAUCAAUGAGACCGCAGCCAGUGGGCUGCUUGUCCGAUGCGUUGCCUGGACCAGGCGACAAUGAAGACGGUGAAGGUAUUGGCACUGGUGCUGAUGCAGGGUACCGCCAGGCCAAUGUAACCGCCAUUACUGGAGCCAGCCAGCGCAUUGGUGAUCAGCCCAAUAGGCCAUCAAGCGCUAUGCUCUCUGAUUUUCUCAACAUGGAGUACGACGAGUCAACCAAUCUAACACGUCUCGUGCGUUCCGAAGCACACACGCCCGACUCUCCAGCCUCGGUUUGUGAACGCGAUGCGGCCGAUCGUAUUGGACUAAUGGAUGCAAUAUCUCCCGGCGCCUCUGUGCUUGCACAGAAACAGCAAUUUGGCUAUCAGAAUCCAAUGGCUCUCAAUGAGUCCAUGGAAAUGGAUCCGUUGGCAUCGCCAAUUUUGGGUGGGGAGCGCUUAUCGCGCCCACGUCUGCCGCAGUCCCAGCAGUUUAGUGAGGGUCUCAAUCGUCGUGUCUCAGCAUCUUGCCGCUCAUUGGAGCGACUCAAUCGCGGUCCCGGACGUGUUUCUAUCUGGUCAAAUAUGAUGCCCAGUCAGGUGGCGCAUCCCUUCCAGGGCGCCAUGGGCGCGCAAAUUGUCUGCAACGGCUGUGCCUCUAAGUCUGCAGUGCGCUAUGAUAAGUUUGAGAGCAUCACUCUCAAUCUGCCGGCUCAACGACGAUCAGGCCUAAGUCUCGGUCAUUUGCUAAGCGAAUAUAUUACUUCGGAGGACUUAAGCGACGUUAAGUGCGACUCAUGCAAUGAGAUUACCACGCACACCAAAUCCGUAACGUUUGCCAAGCUCCCAGCUUGCCUUUGCAUUCACAUUAGCCGCACAAUGUGGCUACCCACUGGCCAGAUUUGUAAGCGUACGGACUACGUGCACUUCCCAGAGAGCCUAUCAAUGGCUCCUUACAGUUUUGUGCAGCCACAUCUGAACAGUCAGGCGGGUACUCCUUGGGGCUCCACCAUGUCGCUGUACUCCUCGAGCUUGCCUAUGAACAAUGGUGGUGCCGCUGGUGAGGCUUUUGGCGCCAUGUUCCCCAAGAACCUCUAUCGCCUGCUCGCUGUUGUUGUGCACUCGGGCGAUGCGAACAAUGGACACUUCGUCACUUAUAGACGCGGUUCGCUGCGCAACGCACAUCGCUGGUUCUAUACAUCGGAUACUAUCGUGCGUGAGGUUACCAUUGAUGAGGUCCUAAGCGUACCAGCAUAUUUACUGUUCUAUGAUCGAGGUCAGCCUCGUCAAUUCCAGUUGCGCUAAACUUAGAAACCGCGCAGUUGACAGGCAUUAGUCAGCCUAUGGCCAGGGAGUAAUUUCGGGGCUAGUCAUUUUUCGCAGUCAAGAGCGUGGUGAUGCAAAUUAAAAUCUUUAUUACUAAUACUUAUUAAAAAAUGUUUAUUACGGUGGCCAUAUAUGUAAAGACACACGCACCACACCUUCAUCAUAUAUAGUUAUAUAUAAAUACCUAUUAAACGAUCUA